UAUGGCUUGGUCAAUUCAAUCUUGUCAUCAGGAGCCCUGUAAACAUAGACAUACAAUAUAUAAACUCAAGGCACACAAAAGGGAAAACAACCCUUUAAACUGGGUGAUAAUUUACCAAGUUUUGAAGGAAAGAGGCAAGACAAAAGAAAAAAGAGGAAAGAUGAAAGGCGCUGAUACUGCAUGCCAAGAAGGCUGCUAGACCAGACUUCAGAAGGUGACCUUGCCCAGUGAGCCUUGACUGGUGAAAGGUUUACAGCGAAACUGGAUUACAACUUCUUAAGAGCAGGGAAUCCCACUCACUGCCACAACUGCCCAUGCUCCCUCCAUGUCCUGAAUGACCACUUAACCUACUGACUGGUGUCUGAAGCUUAUUGCUGUAGCCUACUACAGGAAAGAGAAGCCAGUCUGCAGGGACAGUGUAAUCUGCUGCCACCACAUGCUCCCUAGAGCUCCCACAAGAAGAGGGGGUUAGUACAUCAAUCAGUUUGCAUUACCACUCAUCCCCAUGCCCUCCCCAAACACAUCCAGACGCAAGGCAGACAGGGCCAGUUUGCAUCUUCAUUGUGAGCUCGGGCCGAUGUCUGGUUUGGCAGUAAGACCGUGCCCUUGUCUUCCAUGACAAAGGAAGGGAAAAAACGCAACACACACUUCACUCUGUCCAAGAUGUUCUCCUGGUCGUCUGUGUUCUCCGCGGAGCCGCAAGUCCCCGACCGGCCCCCUCCGGAGGAGCUGGUGACGCGGAUGCUCAUGCUGGAGCUGACGGCGCUGCUCAAGCACACGGAGAAGCAGCAGCAGGACAGGGCCACGGCGCAGCGGCGACGCAGCUCCUGCGUGGACUACAGCUGGCUGGCCACGCCGAGGAGGCCGUCCUUCCAGCUGCCCACCAGAGAGUUCCUGGAGCUGGAGGAGCUCUGCGGGAAGAUCCCUCCCUCCCAGUGCGGACCGGUCAUUCUCAGGGUGCGAAACCUCGUGACCGAGUUCGAGCCGGAGGUGGGCGAAGUGUCGCACCUCUUCCGCUCGGUGCUGUGCGCCUGCCUGGACGAGGAGGAGCUGAGGGCCGAGACGGACGGCGCCAGGCUCCGGGAGCGCGCCCAGCUCUGGAGACGGCGGCGCAGCCGGAGCCUGUCGCUCCUCACCCUGCCCUCCAGCAUCCGCGUCCAUCCGCUCUGGAACCUCCGGAGGCCUGGAGGAGACGACCGCACCCCGGACGCGGAGGAGGACGGGGGAGCCGACGGAGCCGCGAGGUGCACAAGAGCGAGGAGUCUGCCUCAGAUUAAUGUGACAGAGCACAGCGCAGCAAACUGAGACUGCCUGGUGAAGCAACAACACAGGAGGAUGGACUGACACACUAUGGAUGGCUGACUGGCAUACACACAAACACACACGCACACACACACACAGAGGAAGAUUCUCACCAUUAUCACCAGUCCAUCAUACAAGGUAUGGAUACCAAAAAAAACUGUACUUGUUACUGCUACUUGUGUAUGUUGAG